GCACGCUUCGAAGCCUCGGCACAUCUCGUAACAUCACUACUGGCAGGUAAAACGAGGAGGAUGAGGAGCAUCACGGCUAAUGUCAUGUUCACUGCUGGAUUGGCGAUAGGAUUCCUCUCCUUUCGCUUUGUGUUGGACUCGAACCUCCCGACAGGACAGGUCAGGUUUUCAGAGAGAGAGACGGACGGCUCUCAGCAUGAACACCUAGGUCAGAACAACAACUCGGUAAUUAAUUCCUCUCACACAACACGGAUCUUAUGCUGGAUCAUGACAGGACCAACGAACCUGGAAUCUCGAGCCAGGCACAUCCGGCAAACAUGGGCCAAGCGCUGUAACAAAGUGCUGUACAUGAGCUCAGUGAAGACAGACUUCCCCACUGUGGACCUGAAUGUGAGUGAGGGGAGAGACAACCUGUUCUGGAAGACAAUCCGAGCUUUUCAGUACAUCCACCAGCACCACCUGGAUGACGCAGACUGGUUCCUGAAAGCGGAUGACGACACAUAUGUCGUCAUAGAGAAUCUACACUACACCUUGUCAAAAUACGAUCCAGAGCAGCCACUGUACCUGGGCAGGAGGUUUACCCCUUUUAUCAGUAAGGGCUACAUGAGUGGAGGAGCAGGUUAUGUCCUCAGUAAGGAAGCACUAAGAAGAUUUAUCAAAGGGUUCAAUACAGGGGAAUGUACCCACUUCUCUUCCAUAGAGGACAUGGCUCUGGGGAAAUGUAUGGAGACAAUGAAAGUGGAGCCAGCAGACUCCAGAGAUGUGAAUGGCAGGCAAACCUUUCAUCCUUAUCCUCCAGACUAUUACCUGGUCCGACAGGCCCCAAGACCACGGCCUUGGUAUCUGCUUUAUGACCACUACACUCCAAUUGAGGGUCCAGGUUGCUGCUCAGACUUAGCUGUGUCCUUUCACUACAUUUAUGCCACCCAGCUGUAUGUGUUGGAGUACCUGACAUAUCAUCUGCGGCCAUAUGGAUACAAAUACAGAUUUAAUCCUGAUGAAAAAGAUGAACUGAACACUACAGCUAAGUCCAUGUAAAACCCAGACAACCUUUACAAAAACCGAAGAAGUCAAGAGUAUCUGCAGGUUUCAGAGCUGAGUGGAACUUAAUGAUAUAAUGUAUUUAAACUUCGUUUAUCAAAAUUGAUGUCUUUUCCUAUUUAGACAUGUAAAUCAUCUCUACCUGCUUAGAUAUGUCUACCAGCAUCUAAAAAUAACUGAAAACUGUGAUUUGAUGUUUGGAAAUGAGAAUGGGUCUGUUACCAAGCUACCACUUGUCUGGCUAAUAAUAAAAUGAAAAAUUGAAUGUUA